UGUAAAGCUGAAGACAUUUUUCAUUCUGGAAAAGGCUAAUGACAGCUCGUCUUCUCACAUAAAAGACAAAAACAUCAACAUAGUGCUGUUCAGGAUGUGAAGCACUAUGCCUUCCUGGGAGAGCCAAGCAUGUCAGAGAAAAACUUUAUUUGUGUGUGCCGUAACAUCCCUUGGUCUUUUGGUGGGACUGCUGAUAUUUGUUGUCACAUAUGUGACACUCGGCUGGCAGGAUGUCAUUGAAGAGGAUGUGUCCUAUGACCUGAAUGACGACUGCAGAUCCAAAGUCAGAGUUGUGACUGAUGCAGCCAUAAUGCAGACCUGGGACGCCAGAACAAACUUCAGUCAAGCGUGGAGCAACGCAGAGCAGAAAGCCAGAGAGCCCGCACACAAGUACAUGGAGAAAGAUCAUUCCAUAGCCAUAUACAUGUACACAGAUAUUAUGCUGCAACCUGCCAAGACUGAGGACAGACGUGGAAAACGACCAAAGGAGAUAUUUAAGCCACGCUCCCUUUAUUUUUCCCUGAGUGAAGCCGUUCAGAUUCUGAGGCACAGUCAGGUGACAUGUCUCAGCACAAGUUACAGAACAGAGACCCUUCUACAUCUGAACAUCUCUGACAAACUGAUUCGCUUCAGCACCUUCAUGUUAGGAUCUGACGGGGGGAACUUUACAAGGAACGCUUCGUGUUUUGAAGUACACACGUGUUUUGGUGCUAAUGUAACGCAUUACUCAGCCUUGAAACUAAACAGUCAGGUGCUGAUUCCUCCCUACGAGGUGUUCAAAGUCACAGACACAGAGACGGACACACAGAGGUGUAAAGUGGUCUACAGACUGAAGAGCAACCUGAACUGUGUUUAUGAUAGAGAGAGUAAUAUGCUGCACCCAAUAUCUGCAUUACCAGUGGAGGGAUUCUGGCUCAUUUUUGUCAUCACUUGUAUGAUUAUUGUAUCUCUUUUGCUACCCUUUGUCAUUGUGAAGGUGUUAGACAACCACAAGAAAACUGCUGUUUACAGUGCCCCAUCAUUGCAUAGCAGCACUUACUACCCUGAUGGAGCUGUCAUUUAAAGGGCCAGGUUUGAUUUUUUAAUAAAGAUGGUAAAUAAAGAUGGCGGCAUUCACACUGUGGCCCAGAGUAGGCUGUUUUAAAACCUAAGAAAAAGGAAAAUAUGGUUAAAGUAUUCAUCACACCUGACAUAUGGCAUACUUACAAUGCUCACAUUUAGGGAGUUUUCAUAACUUCACGAAGCAAUAUUUAUAAAUGGCGUUGGUCUACAUUUUAGACUUACUUGCCAUGUUGCAAUAAAGUGCUCUGUUAGGUUGGGUGUGGUCUAACAAGUACAAUGGCUAAAAUAAAGGACCAAAUAUGUAUGAUUUACACUGUGAUCAUAAUAGAAAAUAAUGUGUAUGGAGCCCUGGAGAGGAAAGGUGUCAUAAAAGAAUAUUAGACAAGUCAAAACAUAUCUGAAUAUGGCAAAAAACAAUACUGUUAAUGAGGUUUAUUUUCCCUUUACCACCAUUCAAUUGAUAAAAUCGUUAAAAAUG